AACGCGCCGCCGUGUUGUUUUGUGUUCCCAGCUUUCGGGGAAAGCCGCCGCGGGUUCUUCACUCGGCCUGGCUGGACCUGCAGACGCGAGGAGCCGAGAUCCCUUCCCAGAGCUCGGCCUAGAGCUGCGGUGCGACGGGAGCUGCCAUUUCCGAGGCGAUCCUGCGACGUCCUGAAAUUUGGCGGAAGGAGGCCCGACGCGAGCGACGCAGUCAUCAGCCCUGGAGGCAGGCCCCCGCCCGGGGAUCUUGGAAACCCUGCGGUUCAUCAUGAAGUUCCAGUAUAAGGAGGACCAUCCCUUCGAGUAUCGGAAAAAGGAAGGAGAAAAGAUCCGGAAGAAAUACCCGGACAGGGUCCCUGUGAUCGUCGAGAAGGCUCCUAAGGCCAGGGUGCCUGAUCUGGACAAGAGGAAGUACCUGGUGCCCUCUGACCUCACUGUUGGCCAGUUCUACUUCUUAAUCCGGAAGAGGAUCCACCUGAGACCUGAGGACGCCUUAUUCUUCUUUGUCAACAACACUAUCCCUCCCACCAGCGCUACCAUGGGCCAGCUGUAUGAGGACAACCAUGAGGAAGACUACUUUCUGUACGUGGCCUACAGUGAUGAGAGUGUGUAUGGGAAGUGAGUGGUGGCAGCCCAGCAGAUGGGAGCACCUGGACUCGGGGGAGGGGGAGGGAAGUGUGUGGGACGUGGGGAAGAGAUCGUUAGCUCCCGCCAUGGAGGAGACAGAAGGUGAAGACACCUGGAAACACUGCACCGUACACGCCGUCAUCAUAUUUUCACCUGCUCAACUGGUAUUUUUUGCUGCUUCCUCGGCCCAGGGAGAAAGCAUGUCAGGACAGAGCCGUUGGAUUAGCUUUGCUCGAGGAAUGGAGAGGAUAGAAUUUCAUAGCAUUGCUGCGAAUUAAUUUUUGUGUUCUUUCGUUUUGUUUUGUUUUGUUUGUUUUUUUUAGAAGAGACAGGAGGUGGGCAAGUGGGGGCCAGAGAUGAUUGUGGACUAGCAUCCACUUCCGGCUCUCCCUUCUCUUCAGGCAGAGAUUCUCUCUGACAUUUGCACAAUUUAGCUGCGGGGAGGGGAGGGGAAUGUUUUAGGACUACUGGUAGUGGACCAUUCCUGGGACCAAAAGAGACACAUUGUAAUUCAAACAUUGUGCCCCAUCUCUCCUACCUGUACACCUCCUCCUCCUCCAUCUCCUCCUUCUCCUCGCCACGUCUCUCCCCUCCCCCCCAAUCAUAAUCUCACAGACAUCAAGCACCACCCCAGUGACGGGGAUAGAUGUCAGACAGAAAUUUAGAUGGCGCUCACUUUAGGAAAAAGGACGUGACAAUGAAGGUAGUUUUGAUAGCAUUAACUGGAACUGAUGAAGUAUUGAACAUCUCUGCCCAACCUGCUCGCUCUCUGGCACCCUUAGUCCCACCCCUACCUUGGACUUUAAUGAGCCUCAGCCAUUUCCCAUCACAGACUCAACGGCUGUCCUCCCUCCUGCUGUCCCUUCUGUCUCACAGGCACGGAAAUGCUAAGUGAUGGCCAGCUGCUGCCCUCCUGGGGUUUUCCUUUACUGCAGCUGCUAGUUAGAAAAGCUGGAGAGGGUGACUUUUAGUAAUUCGUGGGGGUUCUGUUGAUUCUGAUUAUUUUCACUUUAGGGGUUAUUCUGGGUGGGGGUGGGGAGCACUCAGACAUGACAUUUCAGCUCAUCUCUGCUCACAAAAAGGGUUCUUCCUGUGUGGGGGAAUCUGGGUGUUGAUUCUGUCAGCUGCAGGUUCUUGUGUAAUGUUUAUGCUGUCAGGCCAAGGAAAUAAAGUAAUUGUAUACCUUAAACUCGC